UCCCCACUAGAUAAAGAAAGAUAUAUUUCUCUCUCUUCUCUUUCGUUUUCGCUUUCAGAUUGAGUUUGACUCUUUGCCAGCCACCGCCUCUCUCCAUCAAUGGCGACACCAUACCUCUCCCUUCAACCUCUUUAAGUAGAAACCCUUUUUGCUAUCUCUUCUUCUUUCUCUUUCUCCUCUCCAAUACGCAUCAUUUCUCAAAACCCUAGAUCCACCUCUCAUCUUCUUCUCUUUUAUGUUCUUGUUUCUUUCUUCCAUGUCCAUAUGGAUUCUUGUAAUAGUGGAAGUUUGCAAUCUUCAAGCGACGACCACGAGUCUUCAUCAACUGGUGCUCCACCAGCUCACUCCUCUUUCUUCCUUCCUCCUUUCCAACCACCGCCUUCUUCCUCUGCCUUCUACGGCUCUUCCUCCUCCUCUUCCGCUACUUAUCUAAACUUUGUAAACAAUCUCAUCUCCGAUGACAUCCUCAAACAAACCCAUCUCCUCCCUCCUCCACCACCACCGCCUCCCCCUCCUCCUCCCUCUUCUUCCCGAAACCCUAGAAAACGAACAAGAGCUUCAAGAAGAGCUCCCACCACCGUUCUCACCACCGACACUUCUAACUUCCGGGCUAUGGUUCAAGAAUUCACCGGCGUCCCUGCCUCUCCUUUCUCCCACCCUGUCUCCUCCACUACUCGCCGUUUCGAUAUUUUCCGAUCUCCCUCAGAUCCUCUUACGUACAACCCUUUUCGUCCAAUCCCUCAAAAACCUCAUCAUCAACCUUUGAAUCCUUCAUCUUCUUCUAUACUCAACAAUCAUCACUCCACUACUUCCAUGACCUUCCCAGAUCUACCUCUCCCUCAGAGUCAGACUCACCAAGUUUCUACAUUUCAGUCUCUUUUGUCUCAUCAACAUCAUCAUCAUAACCAUCAAACAACACUUUCUCCUCUCCACGAGCUUGACUCAAUGAAUCUCGGAUCAUUACAGCAAAAUCACCAUCCAACGGUUGAUGAUCAUAACCAUCAGCUAAUGAUGAGGCAGUUCUCGGAGUUUGACCGUCGGUCGGAAAAGAGACCAGAGAUCCAUAACAAUGUCUCAUCUUCUUCUUCAGCUCCGACCAAAGGCUCUUCAGGUACUACUACUACUACAACAACAACAACAACAACAGUUGAUCCUUGGGUUUGCCCUACAGAUUCCAAUAAUUAAUUAAAUUUCAUAUAUACAUUAUUAUUUUUCAUAAUUAUAAAACCAUAUCUUAUAAUGUUUAAUUCUAGUAUCUUAAAAUCAGAUUGUAGUCACUGAGAUUGAAUUAUUUUUUCUUAUGAAUGAUAUAUUCCAUCAGAAUAUUUAUUCUUAUUUCUAGUGAUUAUACUCUGUCUAACACGUUACGAUGACCCAUAAUGGGGUAUAUGAUUCUACACAUGUUGUAAGUACUGUAUCUAAAAAAUAAUGUAAGUAUCUAUAAUGUCUAAGUUU